AUGGGACUGACCGAGGCAAAGGUAGAGGCUGCUCCGGCCGUCCCCGACGCCGCCAUCCCCGACGCCACUGCCGGGGCAGGCGCCGUCGCCCCGGAUGCCGCCAGCCUCGACGACGGUCCUGGCACGCGCGCCGCCAUCCUUGUUGAGGUCACCGCUGACAUCGUCGACGCCAACGCGCGUCCCGAUCCGUCCACCGCCGCCACUGUCUCCGUCACGGCUGCGGGAGCAGGCGUCCCCGCCCCCGUCGUGGCUUCCGAAGCAGGCACCUCUGCCUCCGCCGCUGCCGUUGCCUUCGCCGUGGCUCUCUGGGCGGAUGUCCCCGCCUCCGCCGUCGCCGCUGCCUCCGUCGUGGCUGCGGGGGCGGACCCUCUCUCCUCCAUCACCACCGCCAUCCCUGUCACGGCCGCUGGGGCAACCGCCCCCGUCUCCGCCACCGCCAUUAGAGCCGAACGCUCCUCCUCCACCUCAUCAUCGAGGUCUAUCACCACCCCGGUCGGAGGGCCCCCAGGGGUGAUGCCCUGCCCCACGAGGUCGGCCAAGGAGGCAGAGGGCGGAGUAGGGGUCAGACCUUGCCCCGUGUCCGGCUGUGACAGCACUCCACCGGGUGCCGCCGCAAAAGCCACCUCCGUGGUUGGCUCCGCGGUCUCCCCGGUGACACCGCCGCCCGCUGCCGGCGGGGUCGCGGUCCGUCCUGCGGAGGAGGACGACACCCAUAGCGCCUUCUUCGGUGCCAGCGGUGGAACGAGGCCUCGAGGGGCAGCGCUGCGAAACAACAAACAACAUCAGCAAAAAUGA